GAUGCCUCCUUGACGGACAUUAACUCCUUCAGCCCUAUGAUGCCAACGUCGCCUUUAUCAAUGAUCAACCAAAUCAAGUUUGAAGAUGAGUCAGACCUGAAGGAUCUCUUCAUUACCGUCGAUGAACCUGAGAGCCAUGUCACUACAAUUGAAACGUUCAUUACUUACAGAAUCAUUACCAAGACGUCUCGUGGGGAGUUCGACUCUAGUGAAUUUGAAGUUAGGAGGCGUUAUCAAGACUUCCUUUGGUUGAAGGGCAAACUUGAAGAAGCACACCCCACUCUCAUUAUUCCACCAUUACCGGAAAAGUUUAUAGUGAAAGGAAUGGUGGAGCGUUUCAACGAUGACUUCAUCGAGACCCGCAGGAAGGCAUUACAUAAAUUUUUGAACAGAAUUGCUGAUCAUCCCACUUUAACAUUUAAUGAAGACUUCAAGGUUUUUCUCACUGCACAAGCUUGGGAGCUCUCCUCUCACAAGAAGCAAGGACCCGGGCUGCUGAGCAGGAUGGGGCAGACAGUCAGAGCCGUGGCGUCCUCCUUGAGAGGGGUGAAAAACCGCCCAGAGGAUUUCAUGGAAAUGAAUCACUUCAUUGAAAUAUUUAGCCAGAAGAUUAAUUUAAUAGAUAAAAUAUCUCAGAGGAUUUACAAAGAAGAAAGGGAAUACUUUGAUGAAAUGAAGGAAUACGGCCCAAUUCAUGUUCUGUGGUCUGCGUCAGAGGAAGAUCUGGCGGACCCUCUGAAAGGCAUUGCCAGCUGUAUUGAGGAGUGCUGUACGGCCAUUGAAAAGCGGAUGUCCGGUCUCUCCGAGGCCGUGCUUCCGGUCAUGCAUGAGUACGUGCUUUACGGUGAUGUGUUAAUGGGUGUUAUGAAAAGAAGAGACCAAAUACAAGCAGAACUGGAUUCCAGAGUUGAAGCUUUGACCUACAGAAAGGCAGACGCUGAUCUGCUUACAGAAGAGAUUGGAAAACUUGAAGACAAAGUGGAAUGUGCCAAUAAUGCCCUGAGAGCAGACUGGGAAAGAUGGAAACAAAAUAUGCAGAGUGAUAUCAAGUCCGCCUUCGCAGACAUGGCUGAGGAGAACGUCCACUACUACGAACAGUGCCUUGCUACGUGGGAAUCAUUCCUUACAUCACAGACUGACCUUCACUUGGAAGAAGACUCUGAGGAUAGACUUUAACCCCACUGAGGACUUCUGUUUGAUGCUUGGGAGACAGCACCUUCGAACCAAAGUUACUCUUUUUGGAUCAGCUGUGCCCUUUGUAAAGUGUAUGGAAAACAUUUCACACUAUCUGGAAAACCAACAACUUGAAAACUCAGGUAUUCCAGGUCCUUGAUAUGAAUUUGGAGAUAUAUCCAUCAAUCUAUGUAGAUCUAUUCUAUGAUAUAUAUUAAUAUAGAUAUAUACGUCUAUUAUAUUAUACAGAUAGAUAUAUGUAUCUAUAUUGAUAAAGAUUUAGCUUAACCUUAAUUAUGUUCUUAAAUUUAUGUGCCAAUAAUUACAUAAAGAUUUUUUUCUUAAAUAUAUGAUUGUGGAACAUGAGAUUUUAAAUAUGUUAUAAAGACUCAGUUUUAAUAAAAAAAUU